ACAGUUCUCUUAGCACCUGCAUUGGGUAAACCUACCGAACAGUCUUCAACGUUUCAAGUUUAUGGAGCACAGUUGGCAGUAUAUGGUAACAGAGGUACAAACCUUCUCCAAGAAGAGUGUACAUACACAGGAGGAAACGACACAAAUCCCUGGUGGAGGGUGGACCUACUGACUGUGUAUACCAUCACAUCUGUCAGAAUACUCAACAGAGGAAAAGACGCAGGAGGAGAUGCGUCAGACCGACUUCGGGACGUUACCGUCACUGUAGGGUUGACAGAAUCUGAAACUCCUUGUGGUUUCUUUGCUGGUCCCGGUACCGCGUCACAGCUGGUUGUCAUCGACUGUACGACAUUACGACGGGGAAGAUUCGUUAAGAUCUCCAAGACAUCUGAGGCUCUUACUCUAUGUGAAAUCGACGUGUUUGGAUUCUCCUUCUUAUUAAUAUCAAAGAUACGAUACCGUAUUACGUUAAAUGUUUGCGUAUGUCCACCCUUUCAGGUUCACUCCUUAUAG